AUGAGUUCCCAGAAAGGUAACGCGACUCGGUCCCGGCCUCAGAAGCACCAGAACACGUUCACCUUCAAAAAUGACAAGUUUGAUAAGAGUGUUCAGACCAAGAAAAUUAAUGCAAAACUUCAUGAUGGAGUAUUUCAGUGCUGCAAAGAAGUCCUUGAAUGGCGUGUAAAAUACAGCAAAUACAAGCCACUGUCAAAGCCUAAGAAAUGUGUUAAAUGUUUACAAAAGACAGUAAAGGACUCUUACUACAUAAUGUGUAGACCAUGUGCCUGUGAACUUGAAGUUUUUCCAAAAUGUAGAAAAAAAAGAAGAGAUUGUUAUUCAAAAAAAAAAGAACCAGAAACUUCAGAAAAUACUGAAAGUGAAGAUUCUAACCAUAGAAGAAGCUGCAGAUGGAAGGAAGACAGUGAUGAGGACUUAGAUGCUGAGUCUGACUCGGGUGGCAAGGAUGGGAAACCUCAGGCCUGA